UGAGAGGACAGAGCUGAGGGGGCAGCAGAGAGCAGAGAGCCCUGCAGUCCGCCGCCGCAGAAGAAGAAGAAGAAGAAGAAGCCCAUGUGAGAGCAGCAGCAUGUCUCCACCGGGAGGGAAGAUCAACAGACCCAAAACUGAACUCGGUAAGAAGCUUUUCAAGCGGCGGCGAGUUCUGAGCCGAGAGAAGAGGAAGAGGCAUCGGAUCGUGGGCGCUGUGGUCGACCAGGGUCUCAUCACCGUCCAUCACCUGAAGAAGAGAAAGUCGAGCCCGCGAGCGAACAUCACUCUGUCUGGGAAGAAGAAGAGGAAGCUGCUGAAACAGCUGCAGCACAUGCAGCAGGAGAAGGCCGGGAUGGAAGCUGAAGCAGCACCAGCAGCAGCACCAGCAGCAGCACCACCGAAGAAGAAACAGGACUCUUCAUCUGCUCCGACCAAGAAGAAGAAGAAGAAGAGAGCAGCUGGCGUGCAGGGCGACGUGGAGAUGAUAGACAUCGAGUGACGAACACACAGCCGCCUGUUUGGACUGGACUCUGAGACAGUCGAGUGAGUUCUGGUGUUGGUUCGUGUCGCAGGAACGUUUGUCAGUUUGUGUCGGACUCAAAGACUCAGACACAGGAAGCUGAGGACGAUCGAUAGGCAGAAUUAUCAGUUUUAUUAUUGAUUUGUCAAGACAUCAUCCGGUCAACCAAAGAUUUCUGAUCUUUGACAAGAUGUUUGUUGAUGGAAAGAUGAAUUUUGAUUUGAAUAAACCUGUUUAGUUCUUUAUUCUGUCAUUCACCUGUUUGGUCGUUGCUGACAUCAUAAUAUUAUCACCUUAUAUCACGAACUCCUGAACAGAAAUGGCCGUCUGUGGGAGGACGUGGUCCUUUAAAUGAAUAAAUAAUAAAUGUGCCUGCAGCUUCUUUACUGCUGUUUCACUUCAUGAUGUUCUUUAUUUCAUCAAUAUUACAUUAAAAAGUCCAUAAUUGUACUAAAA